GCUCCUCCUCCCAAGCGUGCACCAUUUCCGCGUUGUUGCCACUCACCUGUUUUGCUUCGUAGCCACUCUACAAGAGUCUCAAUAAUAGUUGGCGCACGAUGAAUAUAGAUGUUAGAAUAUGUUGAAAUCAUUCAAAACAAAGAAGGGUGUAGUUUUGUAGGGUUUGGCACUUAAAUCGGCUAACAGGGAAGUGGUGACUAGCCUCCUGCUAGCUAGCAUGUUGCCCUUCCAACCACGUCAGAUAAUAACAUUCACUACUUUGUUUUAAGAUUUACUUUAAAGCGCCAUGGCUGGGUUACGACGUCGUAAAGUAGAUACUUCUGUGGAGGGCGAAGAGGAGGACGAGCCCACUCAAACCGACGAUGUUAAAGGAGAAGAAGAGGAAGAGUUGAAAGAUGACGACGAAGAACAAAAACAGGAGGAUUCGACCGAGCCUGUGUCGACUGUGAGGAAACCAAAGACUUCUGCAAAUGUUAAAGGAGAAGAAGAGGAAGAGUUGAAAGAUGACGACGAAGAAAAAAAAACGGAGGCUUCGACCGAGCCUGUGUCGACUGUGAGGAAACCAAAGACUUCUGCAAUGGGUGUAUUCCAGCGGGUGAUGAGGAACUUAUUUGGAUGCGUAGCGGCGGUGGCGUGCGGCAUGCUGUACGCCAUCUACCUCUCGGCCUUCCACGAGAGGAAGUUCUGGUUUUCCACAAGACAGGAGCUGGAGCGGGAAAUUACUUUCCAAGGAGGGAGCGGCGUUUACUAUUACUACUACAAGCACAUGCUGGCGGCAACGACUUUCGAAAAAGGCUUCUACGAGCUGAUGACUGAUGACGGCACGCUUGCAGGACAAACCAUCAACGCUGUGGAGCGUCUGUCUCUGUACCCCGAAAUGAUCACAAGCUACCUUUUCAGACUUGUAGGCAGCCAGGAUUCGAUGGAACCCAUCUUAUUCUACGUGGCCUUGCUGUUCGCCCUCCAGGCGGUGUACGCCACGGCGCUCUUCGUGUGCAGCUGGGUAAUGAGCGGCACCUGGGUGGCCGGCGUGCUGGCGGUGGCCUGGUAUGUCAUCAGCAGAACCGACGUCACCAGAGUGGACCAGGCGGUUCCUCUGCGGGAACACUGGGCUCUGCCGUUCUACUCCUGUCAGGUGGCGGCGUUGACCGGCUUCCUGUGCCACAACAUCCGCUCCACCGCUGAGAUGUGGUGCUAUCUGACCAUGAGCGCCACCACCUUCUCCUUCCUGCUGCUGUGGGAACACAGCCACUACGUGCUCUUCGUCCAAGCCGUCUCGCUCUUUCUACUCGACUCAUUCGACCUAGUGCCGCCUCGUAAGAUGUCCGACAUUCACAAAGUCUACAUCAGCUCUUUGCUGCUGGCCUAUUUAUUUCGCUUUCACAACACGACGUUGCUCACCUCGCCUCUGCUCAGCCUCCUGAUUGGCUCCGUGCUUGUGAGGUACCUCCAGCAAAAAAUGAAGAAGGGCCCUCUUUUGGCCAGAGUAAUGAAGCUCUUCCUUCACUUCCACCUGGUCUUCUCCACCGGCAUCACCUUCAAUUAUCUGAUCAAGAAAGUGCUGCCUGGAAGUGAUGGUGAAUUCAUCUUGAAGUUCCUGGAAGUGAAAUUUGGGCUCAACACAACAACCGACUUUGUGACGAACCUCCUCCUAUGCCAAGAAAGCCUGCAAUUUCCUGGCCAGGAGUUGUUCUUGCGCCUCACGCAGGCUUCGGUCCUUCCUUUCUAUCUGCUGGUCCUGACCGUGUGUCUGUUAUCCACAGUGGAGACCAUUUAUAGAAGACUCAGUGGUCAGACGAUGCAAAGCAACCUAAAGCUGGAAGACAUGCGGGUCGGAGAGCGUCCCGAAGUGGUCUAUCACGUUUUCCACACGGUCCUUUUCGGAGGCCUGACAAUGCUGUUCGACGGGAUGAAGUACGUGUGGACGCCGUAUGUCUGCAUGUUCACUGCGUUCGGCGUGUGCUCUCCCGGCCUCUGGAUGACCGUCUUCAGGUGGCUUAAGGUCAAGUCCAUCCACCCUGUCGUGCUGUCGUUAAUCCUGAGCACGGCCGUGCCGACCAUCAUCGGCUUCAGUCUGUGGAGAGAGUACUGCCCCCGUGUCCUGGCCGAGUUAUCCGACCUGCCGGAGUUCUAUGAUCCAGAUACCGCAGGGAUGAUCCGCUGGAUCAGGACUCAAGUUCCGGCGGCUGCUGUGUUUGCAGGCAGCCCUCAGCUGCUGGGAGCGGUCAAGCUGGGUUCUGGUUUGGCCGUAACCAGCUUACCGCUUCACUCGGACAUGGAUUUGCUGAGGAGGAGCGAGGACACCUACCAAGUGUACGCCAUGAGAUCCGCCGAGGACGUCUACAAGAUCCUGACCUCGCACAAGACAAACUACGUGAUCGUGGAGGAGUCCAUUUGUAACGAGCUCAGUUCAAACAAGGGCUGUAGCAUCAAAGACCUGCUGGACAUUGCCAAUGGCCACGUGAUAUACGACAAAGGCGAGACAUACGCCUUCUCUAAGCACAGACGCUUCUGCCAAGAGAUCAAGAUGAACAACUCGCCCUACACCAACUACUUCACGCGCGUCUUCUGGAACCGCUCCUACCACGUCUACAAAGUCAACACGGUCAUUUCCUUCCAGUCCUGACAGGAGGAUUUGCUGUUCACCGUGACUUUGUAUGGACCUUCAGGCAUAUGCUGUAAUAAUCACUGUACUGUAUGUCAUUUCUGCCCAAACAUGGACUUACUUUACUUCUAAGAUGUAAAUUUAGUACCUGUUACAAUUACCCAUAUGUUCAUGAUGUCACAAUAAGGCCGUGGCCAGUUGGCUGACAAUGAAGUAUUGUUUCCAUCUAUCCCUAAAGCGGGUGUGUCAAAAAUGCCAUUAUCAUUAAAAAAAAAAUUAAUAUGAGGGGGGAAAAAUGAAAUCUUUACACUAACAUGUUUUUUUUCUAAAUAACUUCUAAGCUUUUGCAUUUUACUGUAUGUGCUCUUAAGUUAGUACAACACCAACAAGCUUAGCUGUACUCUCAUUGUGAGUCGCUUUUGUUGACUUUUCAGCCAGCUGAACGAUUCGAUUCCUUGGUUGUCUGAGCCGUGCCUCAAUAAAGCGGGGUUCCGUUUGAUGCUGUUGCUGACAUUUUGCCUUUAAAGCAGCGCCUCUCUGUCCUUAUGCCUUAUAUUCUUAUUGUGUUGCUUUGUUUGUUUUAUAAACUGACUUUACGACGACUGAGCCCAAA